AUGUCAGCCGCCGGCGUCCGAGGCCUGAGGGCCACCUACCACCGGGUCCUCGACAAAGUGGAGCUCAUGCUGCCUGAGAAGUUGAGGCCGCUGUACAACCACCCGGCAGGUCCUAGAACAGUUUUUUUCUGGGCUCCAAUUAUGAAAUGGGGGUUGGUGUGUGCUGGAUUGGCUGACAUGGCCAGACCUGCAGAAAAACUCAGCACAGCUCAGUCUGCUGUUUUGAUGGCUACAGGGCUUAUUUGGUCAAGAUACUCACUUGUAAUUAUUCCAAAAAACUGGAGUCUGUUUGCUGUUAACUUCUUCGUCGGGGCAGCAGGAGCCUCUCAGCUCUUUCGUAUUUGGAGAUAUAAUCAAGAACUAAAAGCUAGCGCAAACAAAUAA